CUUCCUCGACGAGUCCGUCCUUUCUCUCUCCUCCAUUUAUACAUCUUCCCCUUCUUUCUCUCUCCUCACCAACUCCCCUUCCACACUCUUCCUCCUCCACUUUCUCUCUCUUCUCAACAAUGGCGGCUUCUCAAAUCGGUCUCGUCGGCCUCGCCGUAAUGGGCCAAAACCUCGCCCUCAACAUCGCCGAGAAAGGCUUCCCUAUUUCCGUCUACAAUCGCACAGCCUCCAAGGUCGAUGAAACCCUAGACCGCGCCAAGUCAGAAGGCGAUCUCCCGCUCUCUGGCCACUACACUCCUCGCGAUUUCGUCCUCUCCAUAGAACGCCCCAGAUCCAUCGUUAUCCUCGUCAAAGCCGGCUCCCCCGUUGAUCAAACUAUCGCUUCUCUUGCCUCCUUUAUGGAACCUGGUGACACUAUCAUCGACGGAGGUAACGAGUGGUACCAAAACACAGAGCGUCGUUUAUCUGACGCUCACUCCAACGGCCUCCUCUACCUCGGUAUGGGCGUCUCUGGUGGCGAAGAAGGCGCUCGUUUUGGCCCCUCGCUCAUGCCCGGCGGAGAUUUCCAGGCGUACGACAAUAUCCAACACAUUUUGAAGAAGGUUGCUGCUCAAGUCGAUGAUGGGCCUUGUGUUACAUACAUCGGAGAAGGUGGGUCCGGGAAUUUCGUGAAGAUGGUGCACAAUGGGAUUGAGUAUGGUGAUAUGCAGCUGAUUUCGGAGGCUUAUGAUGUGUUGAAGAAUGUGGGUGGAUUGAGCAAUGAGGAAUUGGGUCAGAUUUUUGAUGAGUGGAAUAAGAGUGAGCUUGAGAGCUUUUUGGUUGAGAUUACUGCGGAUAUCUUUAAGGUGAAGGAUGAUUUAGCGGAUGGAGGUUUGGUUGAUAAGAUUUUGGAUAAGACUGGGAUGAAAGGUACUGGCAAAUGGACUGUUCAACAAGCUGCUGAACUCUCUGUUGCUGCUCCUACCAUUGCUGCUUCUUUGGAUUGCAGGUAUCUAAGUGGGUUGAAAGAGGAGAGAGAAAAUGCAGCCAAGAUAUUGGAAGCUGCAGGGAUGAAGGAAGAGGUUAAUGCGAUUAGAGGUGGGGUUGAUAAGAAGAGGUUGAUUGAUGAUGUGAGGCAAGCGUUGUAUGCUUCAAAGAUCUGUAGUUAUGCUCAAGGGAUGAAUUUAUUGAGGGCGAAGAGUGCUGAGAUGGGUUGGGAUUUGAAUUUAGGGGAGUUGGCGAGGAUUUGGAAAGGUGGGUGUAUUAUUAGGGCAGUUUUCUUGGACAGCAUUAAGCAGGCAUAUCAGAGGAACCCCAACUUAGCUAGUUUGGUGGUUGAUCCUGAGUUUGCUAAGGAGAUGGUACAGAGGCAAGCAGCUUGGAGAAGGGUUGUGGGUUUGGCAGUCUCUGCUGGGAUAAGUACACCUGGAAUGUGCGCCAGUCUUGCUUAUUUCGAUACUUACAGGCGUGCCAGACUUCCAGCUAACCUUGUUCAAGCUCAGAGGGACUACUUUGGCGCUCAUACCUAUGAGAGGGUUGAUCUCCCUGGCUCUUACCACACUGAGUGGUCGAAGCUUGCUCGUAAGAGUGACCCCAAUGUUGCUGCUGCCCUCCACUGAGCUACGCCUUUUUCCCUUCCCCUGUGUUUUCUUACCAUGUAUUUCUGUUGUUUCCAAUUGAAAUUGGGAUUUUGUGCCUCCAACAAUGAUCCCUUUUUAGGCAUAGGAAUUGUUACAGUAUUGUUUUAGCUCAUUAGAAAUGGUAGCGGGAACUGAUGUUAAUAAGAGCAUGUCUUUCGGAAUAUCAAUACAAAGAGGUGUUGUGUGAACUAAAU